AUGUUAUGCAAAAGAUCACUCCUUGCCUACAAGUAAGUUUUCUCCUCGAUCUAAAAAAUGUAUCUUUAUUGGAUACCCUCAUGGACACUAAUUCAAUUCGCCAUGAUGAAUCAAGAAUAUCCAUGCCUUUACAAUAUUUUGAUGAUGAUGAUCCACCAGAAGUUGAUCAACCCACCAUCAUACGGCCCAAACAGGCUUGCUCAAGGAAUGUUGAUAGUGCUAACUCAAGCGUCGAUGCUUGCAAUGCUACACAUGAAGAGGGAGAUGCAAACCCAACAAUUACUAGAACUUUUGAUGCAAGCCAUGGUGAUGUGGCCAAUCCCAUUAAUUCCGAUUCAAGGCCACAAUGCGAGAGAAGGAAGCCAACCUAUCUCACAGACUACAUCUUAAAUGGGGUUCAAACAAAUACCAACACUUCCUUGACCUCAGGUACGCCGUAUUCUAUUUCUCAUUUUAUUGCAUAUGAUAAAUUUAGUCUUACUCACCGUUCUUUUCUAGCGGCCAUCUCCACUAAAGAUGAGCCAAAAUCCUUUUUUGAGGCUAUCCAAGAUCCCAAAUGGAGACAAGCAAUGAAAGCCGAAAUUGAUGCUCUUGAGAAAAAUAAUACUUGGACUUUGGAGACGCUUCCUCCUGACAAAAGACCUAUAGGUUGCAAAUGGGUCUAUAAAAUCAAAUAUAAUGCUGAUGGGAAAAUUGAAAGAUAUAAGGCAUGCCUUGUCGCAAAGGGAUUUACCCAAGUUGAAGGCAUAGAUUACCAUGAUACCUUUGCCCUUGUUGCUAAGCUAGUUACUGUUCGAUGCUUACUAGCUAUCGCCGCUGCUCGUAAUUGGGAGUUACAUCAAUUGGAUGUUCAUAAUGCCUUUCUCCAUGGAGAUCUUAAUGAAGAAGUUUAUAUGCAACUACCUCCAGGCUACGGGAAUAAAGGAGAACAACGUGUUUGUCGCCUAAGGAAGUCCUUAUAUGGACUCAAGCAAGCAUCAAGAAAUUGGUUUGCCAAAUUUGCUUCAGCUUUAAAACUUUUUGGUUUUCAACAAUCUAUGAGUGAUUAUUCACUUUUCACUUAUCGGCGAGAGAAUAAUUUCCUCGCCGUACUAGUUUAUGUUGAUGAUUUGAUUAUUGCAGGUAAUAAUUCAUCUCUUUGUCAGAAAUUGAAAGAAUUUCUCCAUAUAAUGUUUCACAUCAAAGAUCUUGGCAAGCUCAAAUACUUCCUAGGUAUUGAAGUGGCUCGGCAUCCCUUUGGAAUUUUCCUUUGUCAACGAAAAUAUACACUUGACAUCCUUACUGAAGCUGGAAUGCUUGGAACCAAGUCAUGCCCUUUUCCUAUGGAGCAAAAGCUGAAACUCACUCCUAGUACUGGUUCCUCUCUAUCUGAUCCUAUGCAAUAUAGGAGACUGGUUGGAAAGCUAAUAUAUUUGACUAUAACUCGCCCUGAAAUUUCAUUCGCUGUCCAUACUCUUAGUCAAUUUAUGCAAGCUCCUCGACAACCUCAUCUAGAUGCAGCAAUGCGAGUUUUGCGAUACUUGAAAUCCUCACCUGGACAAGGGAUUUUCCUCUCUUCAUCAAGUUGUUUACAACUUUCAGCCUAUUGUGAUUCUGAUUGGGCUAGUUGCCCCACAACAAGGAGAUUUACCACUGGCUACCUCACUUUGCUUGGCAACUCACCUAUAUCGUGGAAAACCAAAAAACAAUCCACAGUCUCAAGAUCAUCAACAGAAGCUGAAUAUAGAGCUAUGGCUUCCACUGUUAGUGAACUCCUAUGGCUCAAAGGCUUGCUCAAGACAUUAGGAGUUGAUACUUCUCAACCAAUGCAAUUUCAUUGUGACAAUCAAGCAGCUAUUCACAUAGCCACAAAUCCAGUCUUUCAUGAACGCACAAAACACAUUGAACUUGAUUGCCAUUUUAUUCGUCAUUGGAUUCAAGUUGGUCUUAUUAAGACUUCUCAUGUUCGCUCCAACCUACAAGUGGUUGAUAUAUUUACAAAGGCAUUGGGAGGUGAUCAAUUUCAAUUUCUUCUCCGCAAGUUGGGCAUUACAGAUUUACAUGCACCAACUUGGAGGGGGGGUGUUAGAGAUAUUCACUAGCAUAAAAUCUCAAUCACAAA